AUGCGAGAAAUAUUAGCCAUGCAAAACGAAUCCGAGCGCGUCAUCGCGGGGAAGAUUCAAGAGAGGGUGGAGCGUACCAAGGGCGCGGCGGCGAGCGUCGAGGCGCGACGCGCCAAGAUGUUGCAGAGCUUGCUGUCCAAGUACUCUCGAGUGGAUACGAGCGAGAAUUCGCACACUGGGGCUAUUGUACGAGAGACGACGUCGUCCAAUCCCAAGUAUCACUUUUUUAGAGGCACCGAGCCGGGAAAGACGCACAUCGAAGCGACGAACGUCGGCGUUCGUUUUCGAUCCGUCGACGCGUACGUCAAGGCGAAGAAACGCGCCGAGGAAGACAGAAAGGAACGCAUCGCUGCGAUGUUUCGAGACUAG